CCCGAGCUUGCUGCAGGUCACUCAGAAGUGUUCUGAUGCCCAUACACUACCUCCGCAUCCCAAAUGUCCAGUUCACACGAAGCUUCUCCUCGUACACUCGCGCUCUACAAGCUCUGGCGCAGGCCGCUGCACCAGAGUCCCGACAUAUUCCUCUUUCCGCGCUAAACGCGUCGCGACCGCGAUUCUACCCUCACAACGUAGACACAUUCACAAUGGAGACCGCUACCUUUCCCGUGGAUCCUACUAAGCUGGGGGAAAUUACGAUCAAGAAAGCAGAAGAAGUGGAGGAUCUGGUGGAUCGGUGGAGCAUUCAAUAUGAGCAAGGGCAGGACUCAAAGAGCUUACAUGGCGCGGCGAGAGAGCUGAGGGAGACCGAUAUACCUGUGGCCUUUCCGACGGAGACAGUUUAUGGGCUUGGAGCAGACGCGACCAGAAGCUCGGCGGUGCGCGCUAUUUUCGCCGCGAAGGGCAGACCGGCGGAUAACCCGUUGAUCGUACACGUCCACUCCAUACCGCAACUACGUAGUUUGCUGUGGGGGAAGAAACACGAAGUAGAAGGAGGUCCAGAUCCUAUCCCAGAGAUUUACAAGCCCCUGAUCAGGAAGUUCUGGCCAGGACCUCUAACGAUUAUUCUUCCGAAUCCUGAGGGCUCUGUGCUAGCGCCGGAAGUCACAGCAGGGCUCAACACAUUCGGCGCCCGCAUGCCACGCAGUAUACUCGCACUGGCGCUCAUCAGGCUCGCAGGCGUACCGCUCGCUGCACCCUCUGCAAACGCAUCCACGAGACCCUCGCCCACCGCUGCCGAACAUGUCAAGGAAGAUCUGGAUGGGCGAAUACACACGAUUAUCGACGGCGGACCCUGCGAAGUUGGUGUUGAGAGUACGGUCGUAGACGGACUGUCAUAUCCUCCCACCAUUCUCCGCCCCGGCGGUGUCACAGUCGAACAAUUACGGCGGUGUUCCGGCUGGGAGAAUGUCGUUGUGGGGUAUAAGGACAACCACGAGCAGGGUAUCAAGCCUAGGGCGCCUGGAAUGAAGUAUAGGCAUUACUCGCCGAAGGCUACGGUCAUCUUAUAUGAGGCGGGCACGAAACCGCCCGAGCUACUGGAUAUGCUCGACCCGGAGAAGGGGUACAGCUCCAUUGGAAUCAUCCGGACGAAGUCUUGGUCGAUAGCUUGUGGAUCCUCAACUGGCGAUGGAAGCGGAAAUUCUGCAGCGCCGCAGAUAAACGGGACCCCAAAGUGCACGACCACAAUUGCAAAAGCCAACUUCCAGAACCCCGACUCAAGUCCUUCCAACCUUUUGCGCUCCGUAUUCCAGCAUCAAGUUCCGCACGCUACAUUGCACUCCUUUCCAUCGUCGCUUGGAGCGCCGACUUCCGUAUGGGAUAUCGCGCUCGGCACAUCGACCGAAGACGUAGCUCGAGGACUCUUCUCAGCGCUACGAGAGCUGGACAAGAAAAGGGUGGAUGUAAUAUUCGUGGAGGGCCUUGAUGAUAAGGUGGGCGAUGAUAUAGCAGCCGCCGUCAUGAACCGGCUGAGGAAAGCCGCCGAAAUAAGAAUAUGAAAGAAAUGAAUCAAGACCUCCCCUCAAAAGUCGCAUUUUAGUGCGCAAAGCAACAUAGCCUCGACGCGGUUGUUCUUGAAUGGGCUCCCAGUCAAAACUCCCUGAUUUCAUUAGGCUCACCUCUUCCCCCUUUUUCUCUCCUCUUCCACCACCUCCAACACCCUCCUCGUAAUCCUAUCCCUCUCUUCCGUAUCCACCGUCCCAUAGCACUCCUUCGCCUGCCUAAAAACCCCCUCCUCCCACCCAUCCCCCACAUUAACCCU